GAGAUCAGGGCUCGAGCUCACUUCUCAUGCACGUCGCGUCGCCUGGCUGCAUCUGGACAUCCUCCCUCUCUCUCUCUCUCUCUCUCUCUCUCUCUCUCUCUCUCUCUCUCUCUCUCUCUCUGUGUGUGUGUGAGUGCACGUUCCACGUUCUGUGUGCGCGCGCGCGAGAAAGAGUGUAGUGGAAAUACAGUGCAUGUGCAUGAGAGACAAGACUGAGAUGAGGAACGUGCACUGAAUCAAAAUCAGACACUCGGAUAGGACAGUGUCCGAUGCUCGACUGAUUGGAUAUUGGGGGAGAAAGGAAACAGCAGUGCAUGAAUUAAACAGCGUCCCUGCGCGUGCAUCCGGUGAAGAGAUAGAGAGAGCGAGAGAGAGAGAGAGAGAGAGAGAGAGCAACUCACAUGCACUAGCGUUAUUUAGUCGUAUUUGGGUUUUUUUUGUUUGUGUUUACACACACACACACAUACACACACACACUUGCACUCAUGGCUUCGCUGUACCAAAGGUUCACGGGAAAAAUCAACACUAGUGCAUCUUUCCCCGGUCCCCCGGAGGCCAGCCGUCUGCUCGGUGCGCGUGAGAAGGCGACCAGGAGUCCGGAGCCCGAGCACCGACGCGGGACCGCGCGCGAGGACGAGGACGAGCUGGUGGGGAUCACUCCUACUCAGAGGAACUGGAAGGGAAUAGCCAUCGCACUGCUGGUCAUCCUCUUCAUCUGCUCUUUGAUCAUCACCUCCGUUAUCCUGCUCACUCCACGUGAGGAUGACAGCUUGGCCUCCAAGAAGAAAGUUACAGUGGAGGAUCUGUUCAGCUCGGAGCUUCAGGUUCACGACCCCCAGGCCAGGUGGCUCAGCGACACAGAGCUGCUGUACCGGAACCAAGAUGGAGAUGUGCUCCUGCUGGACGUGGAGAACAACAGCACACGAGUUCUGGUGGAGAACAAGAUGUUUGAGACGUAUAAAGCCAGCAAAUACCAAGUGUCUCCUGAUCUAACUCAUGUUCUACUGGCCUACAACAUUGUUCCUCUGUACCGAUUCUCCUACACGGCCUCCUACAUCAUAUGCAGCCUGAAAACUCCGGAGACGACGGUUUUAUCGGCUCCUGAAGUGCAGAACACAACGCUGCAGUUUGCUGGAUGGGGUCCCAAAGGCCAACAACUGAUCUUCAUCUUUGAGAACAACAUCUACUACCAAGACAAUGUGAAGGUCAAACCCAUCCGCCUGGUCACUACAGGACGAGAGGGCGUGGUCUUUAACGGACUCACCGACUGGCUGUACGAAGAGGAGAUCUUCAGGUCUCACGCUGCACACUGGUGGUCCCCAGAUGGUCUCAGGCUUGCGUACGCCACCAUCAACGACACUCUGGUGCCCAGGAUGGAACUGCCCAUGUUCACGGGUGGCCUGUACCCCGGCGCUCAGGAGUACCGCUACCCUAAAGCAGGAGAGGAGAAUCCUGAGGUCUACGUGUCAGUGGCGAGUCUGAUCGGACCUCUACACACAGUCCGCAUGAAGAAGCCUGAGGACCCCAGGAUCGGGAAGGAGUAUUACAUUACCAUGGUGAAGUGGGCCACCAGCACCAAACUGGCCAUCAACUGGCUGAACCGAGCACAGAACAACUCCAUCCUCACCCUGUGUGAAGCCACCACCGGGAUCUGCACUAAGAAACAUGAGGAUGAGAGUGAGAGCUGGCUGCACAGACAGAAUGAAGCUCCACUGUUCUCCAGAGAUGGCCUCAGGUUUUUCUUCACCCGCGCAGUACCACAGGGGGGUCGAGGGAAGUUCUACCACAUCUCUAUGUCCACCUCACAGCCCAACAGUAGCUCAGACACGCUGCAGUCUUUGACGUCAGGUGAUUGGGACGUUACAGAGAUUUUGGCAUACAAUGAGUACACACAGCUGGUAUAUUUCCUGAGCACAGAAGACGAUCCGAAACGACGACACCUGUACAGUGCCUACACCACAGGCUCGUUUAACCGCCGCUGUCUGUCGUGUGAGUUCAGCUGUGGCUUUGUCAGUGGCUCGUUCAGCUCCGACACAAACUACUUCCUCCUCAACUGUAAAGGUCCUACGGUUCCCUACACGGCCGUCUACAGCACGCGAGACCGACUCUAUCAGAAGCUGCUGGAUGUGGAGAAGAACGACAUGCUGAGCUCCACCAUCAGCUCCAUGCAGAUGCCCCGAGUGGAGUAUCAGGAAAUCACCAUCGACGACUACACUCUGACCAUCCAGAUCCUGAAACCUGCAGCUUUCACAGACACGGCACAUUACCCCUUACUGCUGUUGGUUGACGGCACCCCCGGUGGUCAGAUGGUAACGGAGCAGUUCCAGGUGGACUGGGCGACGGUGUUGGUGAGCUCCUACAGCACCAUCGUGAUGCGUUUCGAUGGGAGGGGCAGCGGCUUUCAGGGCACCAACCUGCUGCACCGGAUCAAGAGGAAACUCGGCGAGAUUGAGGAGAUCGACCAACUGGAGGCGCUCAGCAUCAUAACUAAAGAGUCGUACAUCGACAAGACCAGGAUCGGAGUGUAUGGACGGGUGUACGGUGGAUAUCUCGCCAGUCUGUUGCUGAGCUCCGACGACUCGCUCUUCAAGUACAACGUUAAAGUGAAAUGCGGAGCCGCCGUCUCUCCCAUCACAGACUUCAGUCUCUACGCCUCGGCGUUCUCCGAGCGCUAUUUAGGGUCUCCUCGAGCCAAUCCCCGAGUGUAUGAGACGUCCAGUUUAGCUCAUCGAGCAGGUCAGCUGGAGGACAAGAGCUUUUUAAUUAUUCACCCGACAGCAGACGAAAACGUCCACUUCCAGCACACGGCUAAAUUCAUCAACUAUUUAAUAAAUAAAAAGGCCAAUUACACACUGCAGAUCUACCCUGACGAGGGGCACUUGCUGCAGUCGGAGGUUUCUCGGCAGCACUUGGAUCAGUCGCUCGUCAGCUUCUUCGAGGUGUGUUUCAGGCCGCCGGAGAUCCUCAGCGAGGACGAGAUGGAGCAGGAGGACGAGGACGACAGCUAAACGCAACCUGCAACUUGUUUCUCUAAAAAAAAUUUAUAAUAAAUAAAACCUGCAUCAUGUAAUUCUUCUCCUUCAUCAUCAUCAUCAUCAUCUCCAUCUGGGACGACGCAUCUGCAUGGACCCGAUCGCACCUCGCCUCUGAAAGCAGGAGAGCGAGAGAGAGAGAGAGAGAGAGAGAGAGAUUCUUUGUCCCUUCCUCCCUGCUGAAGCUGAGCAGCGCCCCGGUGUGGACGGAGGCGGUAGAGACGCAGCUGUGAGGAGAAAUAUAGCACAAGACGCCACAGAGCAGAGCAGGACGUUUGCACACCAUGUUCAUCUCCCUCAUUACUACAGAAUAACCUGCACCUGUCUCCUCUUCCUCCUCCUCAUAAGCUUUAUCAUCAUCAUCAUCAUCAUCAUCAUCAUCAUCACGUCUGUUCAACCUCAGAAUCACAGCAGAACUAAACUGUAGCACUCUUAUACAAAUGACUUUAAAGGGAACGUUCAGUCUUUAUCUUUAGCACUAAAACAUCGGUCCUGGUGUCGGUCCUUCGGUCCACGUCCUCGCUGUUCUGAACAGACAGCUUCAUUUUAGCCCAAAGUGAAAUGUUAUCAAUCGCAUCAAUACAGUUCCAUGUUUGGGAGGCGGGGCCUAGAGGGGCGGAGUCACCAGAAAUGAACAGACAGAGAAUAAUCAGAAUUUUACUUAGCAUAUAAAAUCCAGCGUGGAGCCACUUGCUAAUAACGGUCCAACCAAACGGCUCACCGUCCCGCCUUCUUGUCCUCAGAUCGCCAUAGCAACGGAUGGUAAUAGUAACGUUACAGUAUUAGAGAUGGACACUAAAGCUUUGCUGAUGUUAAUAGACACAGUGGAAGUCAGACUGAGCCACAGACAGCCACAUUAGCCUUGUAGCUUCAGUGCAAAACUCGUCACCACACGUAUCCUGGAACAUAAGGAAACAUCCAGACUUUAAAGCUGAAGCUCUUCACGGUUCCUUUGUUUCGUCCUUCGUCCUGUUUCAGUCCAGGGUUUAGGUUUAGGGCUUAGGGUUUGGGGUUUAGGUCUUAGGUGUUAGGGCUUAGGGUUUGGGGUUUAGGUCUUAGGUGUUAGGGCUUAGGGUUUGGGGUUUAGGGCUUAGGUGUUAGGGCUUAGGGUUUAGGGCUCAGGGUUUAGGGCUUAGGGUUUAGGGCUUAAGGUUUAGGGUUUAGGGCUUAGGGUUUAGGGCUUAGGGUUUGGGGUUUAGGGCUUAGGUGUUAGGGCUUAGGGUUUAGGGCUUAGGGUUUAGGGCUUAGGGUUUGGGGCUUAGGGUUUGGGGCUUAGGGCUUAGGGUUUAGGGUUUAGGGCUUAGGGCUUAGGGUUUGGGGCUUAGGGCAGCAUUGUGUUCUUCUGAUUUGUGAGUUCAGGUUAAUGAUCAAUGUGAUUUUAAACAUUACAUUCAUGCAGCAGAGGAAAUAAAACAGUCUAAUAUUAUUUUAGUCACUGUGCCUUACUGGAGUAAAGCUGUAACACACACACACACACACACACACACACACACACACACACAGCAGUAUGAUCAGACCGGGCUGGGAGAUACACUCUCCCACUCACUCACUCAGACCUGCCGCUGUUCCAGUCACCAGUUCACAUGAAGGUCAAACAGUUUCCUUAAACUUUACUGUAGAUUUAAGAAGCUACUACAUCAGUCUGUACAUCACUACAAACCGUAUAGAGAGUGCAGUCAAUAAAACUAGUCCACUGUGGAGGUGUUUUGAAGCCCCGCCCCCUUUUCCCCACCCCACCUGUCGUUAUUUAUCUCUCCAUCCGUCUCCUUUCCUUCGUCCUCCCUCUGUUUGCUAACGGAUCGAUGUGUUUUUCUGACUGAAGGCUAAAGAGCACUCAGCUUUUUUUUUAGCAGGACAACAAAGUAUCAGCUCUAAUGCUUCUACUGAUCAGUGUAGAAAAAAGAAGGAAAGAAAGAAAGAUUGACGUUUUAAGAAAGGGAUGACGAGCGAAACGUCAAAGUCUGUAAUCAAACUGUAGGAUUAUUUUUUUUCUGACUGAACCUGGUGAGCAGGUCUGAGUGUGUGGAAGCUCAGCACCAGGAGACUCACGUGUGGUAUCACCAUCGUACACGUGUCCCUGUAGCUGACCAGCUGCUGUAGUUACCGUGUAGUGAAACAGGAACCGCGUCGACGCUCAGAAGGAUUGUGCUUUUUUUUCUUUGUUUUGUACAAAAUGUUGCUUAGUUUUGUUUGUUUUUGUUAAACCCAGCAUGUUCGGAGGUGAUGUGUGUGUCUGAUGGUUUUGGGCCCCUCUGUAUUUUCUCUCUGUAUUCGUGUUGUACUUUUCCCCCCCCACAGUUCGACGUGUCUCUGUGGUUCCACUGUGACGUUUCUGUGCUGAAAGAGAAGCUCAAAGUGCUCACGUGUCACUGUACAGACGUGGAAAUGAUGCCGCAGACGUUCUGUUGCUCUGAUGUGUGUAACUUGUACAUAAAGCAUUUUAAAAGCUU